AAAAAAAUCCAUUAGCUUCACGAUCUUUCUCAUUGGAUGUUAGUAGUUGAUGGGCGGAUCUAAAGGUGAAUGUGAAACUCGCGCUCUCUAAGCAUCCAGCAGUGGCAACAAGCAGUGGUAUUGUGAGGCUGUGCAGCAACGUUAAAGAGUUAUUACAGCCCUGAGUCUGACAGUCAAAGCAGCGGAAAGGCACAUACACCAAGGAAUUAAAACAGUGGCAAGUGAAUAUUAACCGUAAGCCUAUUUGCUUUCUACACUUGAAUUUGGGGACUUUCCUAGAGUAGCUAAAUGACAAAGGCACGACGCGUCAAAUCCAAAUAGACGGCACUAUGGAGAGUAAAACCACCCGCUGUAAGAUCGUAGUGGUCGGUGAUACGCAGUGUGGCAAAACGGCAUUACUUCAUGUCUUUGCAAAAGACUCGUACCCAGAGAAUUAUGUCCCCACUGUCUUUGAGAACUACACCGCCAGUUUCGAGAUUGAAAAACAGAGAAUUGAGCUGAACAUGUGGGACACAUCAGGCUCAUCGUACUACGAUAACGUACGGCCGCUUGCCUAUCCAGACGCGGACGCCGUUCUCAUCUGUUUUGACAUCAGCCGCCCAGAGACACUGGACAGUGUGCUGAAGAAGAGUGAGACAUUAAGAGACAGACAAAGGCACAGAGAAAGAAACACAUGGCAGGGGGAGACCCAGGAGUUCUGUCCCAAUGCCAAGGUGGUGUUGGUGGGCUGCAAGCUGGACAUGCGGACGGACAUCAACGUGCUGAGGGAGCUGUCCAAACUCCGACUCAUACCCGUCACACAUGAACAGGGCACCAGCCUGGCCAGGCAGAUCUGCGCCGUGGCCUAUGCGGAAUGCACAUCCAAGUACUCUGAGAACAGUGUCCGCGACGUGUUCCACAUCACCACCCUGACCUCGGUAGCACGCAUCCAACGGCCCCAGCUGAAACGUGGCAGUUCGCGCCGUGGCCUCAAGCGGGUCUCCCACCAGCCGCCCCGGACUGAGAUUCUGGAAGAAGCCCCCAGCAUGAGAAAGGACCGGGCCAAGAGCUGCAUGCUCAUGUAGAAGACAGACUGGGCCAACCAAACCAAACGGCAUACAAAGAGACAUACAAAUGUAAAUUACAAAUUGACUUUAUUUAUUGUUCCGAUUUUUCGGGGGUUUUGCACUGCGGGGAAAUGCAGGCCAUUGCAGCGGCGAUUCUGAUUUUACUUUUUUAAACUCUCAACCUGCGGAGAAAGAGGAACGGAUGGAUUUGGAUUUGCUGGCAAAAGGAACGGAGUGAUUGGGCAGUGAGGGGAAGUAAAAAAAAGAAUUACACGAUCAGGGAAGCUCACACAGAGCCUGUUGUAAUGAGAUGUCCAGGAAUCCCUAUCUGUUCUCUGUAGUCCUGUCAGUGAGAUGCAAUUCUGUUCAUGUUUAACUUAAAAGGAGCACACAAAGAUGCACUCAGUGCACUUGCUUGAGUUAGGCAAUUAUAUUAUUAUGCCACUUGAGCCAAUGUGAUGAAGCUAAACUAAACCAAAAGUGCUUUGAAGGAGAAAUAUGUAAUGAAUCGCUCACUUUGUGUAAUAUUGAUGUGUUUCCUUAAAUUGACAUUGUUCAACUCUGAACAAAAUAUUUCAGAGAAAUCUCAGAAAGAAAAGGGUCAUGAUUGUGCAAUGUGUCUUGCUGUAUGUGUGAUGCUAAAAUAAAAUAGCCUGCUCUGCUAAAACGCA